AUGUCGCCAAGUCGAACCGCUGACUUCGGUCGGGACCAUUGCGAGAGCGGUAGGCGAUCCAGGUGGCUGGGCUUGCGCCCCGGCCACAUUGGGCAAACACAAGCACAGGACAGAACAAGAAAGAAAGAAUUAUUUUGCCACCCCGGCCUCCCACAGGAGCCGGGGAGCUUGGCCCAAUCUUCGGCCGCUAAAAUUGGGGCUUCGGCCACGGUUUCUGCGGUCUCUGACUGGACGUGUCCGGUGUGUGGACGUGUGUUCACCACCAAAACGGGGCUAGGGCUCCACAAGCGUAGGGCCCACCCCGAAGUAGCAAAUGCGAAGGCCGCUCCAAACAUGGUGAAGCGCAGGUGGCGCGAUGAGGAGCUGGCAUUGAUGGCGCGUACAGGGGCGCAAUUACUUGAAGAGACCGGUCGCUGUACGAACGCAGACCUGCUCGAAAGCCUGUCGGGGUUCGAGCGGACCCUAGAGGCCAUCAAAGGAAAAAGGCGCUGUGGGGAAUAUAAACGCCUGGUACAAGAGUGCCGGGCAAAAGUCAAGGACAAAUCCCCACCCAAGAGCAGCCAAGCGCCUGAGAGCAGGGGUUCGACACAGCCGGAAUCCGAAAGUGUCGCGCUUUCUGUCCAGCCUCUGCCAGCUGAAAACGCACCGCCUGUCGCUGAUGACCCAUCACCGCACUACUGUAGUGUCCCAGAUAACUCGUGUGCAGACCAAAUUGUGGCGGAUCUUCUUGAGAGGGCCGCGAUGAGGAGGUCGCGACACGGCCUGGGUUCCCGUAGUGUUGGGCAAUAUCUCGGAUGA